GCAGUAGAAACAAGAUGGCGAUGUUUGGAAGAAUAAAAAUGCAGUUGCAAGUUUCUCAUGGUUCUAAGAAGUAUAAUAUUAGCCUAGAGUUAGCUGACGAUGAUAAAGGUGAUGUUUUAACUGUCCAUCAUUUGAUGAAAGCUAUAGCUGACGUCUCAGAAAUCAAACCACAGAACCAGAAACUCAUUUAUAAAGGUAGGUCGUUGACGGAACCGAGCCAGAGUUUAGUUGGUCUUGGAGUUAGAGAUGGCGCCAAGUUGAUGUUGCUAGGGAAGAAAACUGUGUCACAUGAUACUGAAGAAGUAAAGAAAUUAUUAUCAGUAGAGGCCAUGUUGGAGAAACACGAAAAUAAAAUGGCGGACAUGAUGAGUGAAUUAAACGGUAUCAGUAAGGGUUUUUUAAGUCAAGAUCUCAUACCUCAGGCUCUGUCUCAUCUAAAGAAACAAGUGGGAAAUGCAACAGAACAGUUAAUGAAACAGUUUGAGAUUUUAGAUGCAUUAAGGUUUGAUGAGGAUAAUAAACAGGCCCGAGUCAAGAGAAAAAAUGUAGCUGAUAAACUCAAUGUCUGUCUAGAUAAAUGUAAAAC